GUCAGUCUAUAUAACGGCGCGUAACACCUCGCUCACAUCAUUGUCAACAUUCACCGCAUCAGCGGUACCAUGGUUUCCAGUCCCAAGAUGACGCCAUUAAUGGCAUUCUUCUUAUUGGUGCCGGCUAUCUAUGGAAGUGAGACAGAUCAACAAACUUCUGAGAGUCAACACGAUCAAGUAGCAAUUCUAAAACAAAUUCGUAAGGUCAAUGAUGACGGUUCAUAUACGUAUGGAUAUGAAGCUGGUGACGGAUCUUUCAAAGUCGAGACCCGCGACGUAUUAGGCAACAUCAAGGGUACAUUCGGGUUUGUCGACGCGACUGGUGAAAUAAAGAGAGUCUCCUAUUCCUCAUCAAAUGGAACUGGAUUCAAAUCAACCACCGUAUCACCAUUGCAGGAACACGUAUCUGUUGCUCAGAAUAUACCACGGAAUAAUAGGACUUCUACAACAAGAAGACCUACUGCUGUUUAUGCUUCAUCAACUGAAUCGUCAACUAAAUCUACUGUUGUGCAACCAAUACCAAGAACGCGGAAAACUACAACGAUCCCAACAACUUCUUCUACCACUGGGUCAAAUACAGAAAGUGUCACUCGACCAAAUUUCAUACGUCAAAAAGGGAGACCUCGUUUCAUUAUCAAUGGACAACAAAGGCCGCUAGUACUCGAGGAAGAAGCAAUUAUUGAUGAGAAUUCACCAAGUACUAAAACAAAUACCGGCGAUAAAGCAUCUGCUUUACGAAAAGUAGUGUUUACCAAACGACCUCUUGAUCAGUCUUUACGUCCAAUAACAGAGGAGUUCGAAGACAAGGAAGAAGAAACGAAAAUAACUACUGGUAAUUCUCUAAGAAGACAACUUCAAGACGAAACAACUAAAGCGACUCCAGUCGUCGAACAAGAAGACGAUCAUGCUGACGUGUACGGUGGAGCUCUAUCUACUUCUCGACCAUUAUUUACGACAACGACUCCACCAAGGGUUAUUCAAAGACUUUCUGGUUUGCAACAAGAAAGACAGAAAAAUGUAUAUUCGAAUCAAGAAAAAGGCCCAGCUACCUUCGAACAACCACGAGCAUAUGAACAGCAAGAAUCUAAAACAAGUACUCAAGAAGAUAGGAAUCCCGCUCAACAAGUGCUGUUUCGUACGGCAACGAAAGCCCCAACUGAAACAAGAGAAUUCGUUCGACAAGCCGUAGAUCCUCUUUAUGUUCGUCAACAGCAAGAAGCCUACCUUCGUGAAGUUCAACCUGGAGGACUUUUAGUUCAAGGUCCAAGUAACAAUUUAGAGGAAGAUCCAGCUUACCGACAAGUUCCUUUGAGUAGAUUACUUUCGAGACCAGAUCUUGGGCGUUUACUCCCUAAUCAACAAUUAUUGUACUCAGGGGCAACUGAUGCCAAUGUACAUUAUCUUACAGAUUCUCCUCCGGCAGCUUUAGAACAGGAAGAGGCAUCUCCUCGAAUACCACCAAAUCCCAUCCAUCCAGCAUAUUUGACGAGACAAAGACUUGGCUAUCAACGACAAGUCGCUUAUCCCGAAGGACUCGCAGAUCCCCGAAGGCCUCUUUUACGACAGGUGCCAAUACCUGGGCCAGUUCCUGGACCAUUACCUGGGCCAAUAUCUGGACCAGUGCCGAGAACAGUAUUGUCACAAGAUGAGCGAGAAUAUCAAAAUCUCAAUAUAGAUUACCCAUACCGCAGUCACUUGGCACUUCCCCCAGAACCACCAAAUCCUAUUGCACCACCAUUGAGUCGACGUGAUUUUCAAAUUUUGCUUCGCCGUUUAUUAGUCAGUCAAUAUGGCAUCCAAGCAUUAAACUAUCCAAGAACAUACUUAGAAGACGCGCUAUACGAUCAGCAACCAUAUCCAUCUUAUCAACCAGGUUUACAAGCACCGGUUCCAAGAGGAGAAGUACCUUAUCCUCCAGAGCCAGGAUUACCAAUAGGACCUGGAGCACCAGUGGGACCAACUGGAUCGGUGGUACCGGGUGGACCAGUACCUCCAGGAGCACCAAUAGGUCCUGGUGGUCAAAUCGCUCCUCUUCCUCCUUAUCCAGAAAGAGUAGCUCUACGCAGAGCACAUGUAUAUUCGCAAGCUCUUAAUCCUCUUUAUCAAACAGCCGGCUACGAAGAUUAUCCCGAAGCGAGGUACUCAAAACGAGUCUACAGACAAAAAUAUUAUACACCAGAAGUACUGUCAGAGGAAGGUGAAGAAAUUUUACCACCGCAAAUUAGAGAAGCUCUUCUUUUAAGAAUGUUGCAAUUGGCUAUAAAUGCUGAAAGGCCCAUUGCUGUACCCAACAACAUGAUCAUGACCACAGCAUUGCCAAUGAAUUCAAGAUAUCGUAAAUCAGGACCAGUUCGAAGUGUUCAGAUCUUAGGAGAAGAUAUGGAGCAAGAAAAAGAAACUAGAAAAAAAAUGUAGGCUGAUCAUCAUAUUUUUUAAGCAACAAGAGCUUCACCGAGCGAUUGUAACACUUUUUUAAGUAUUAUUUAUUAUUAAAAUGAUUAUGUUAUUGUGUAUGAAACAAUUGUUGUUCAAGUGCAUAAAUUAUGACUUUUACAUAAAAAUAAUAUAUUUUUAUAUAAUAAGGUAUAAAUUUCUCAAGACUUUUUUUUAAUUAUUUUAAUAAUUGUCACAUAUAUACAUUUCAAAGUAACAUAAUAGUAGGUAUUCAACCUUUAUGUCUUUGAGGAGCUUGUAGAUAUUAAUUGAUAUAUUUUUGUAUCUUAUUACUAGUAACGCUAUAAGAAUGUGGGUCGUUAUGUAAGCAUUACAACUAAUCAUUUAGUUUU